UGGGAUCAAAAACUACAGAAGAAGAAAAGAGAAGUCUCCUUCCUUCCUUCCCUUCACUUGGCUCCAGCUUAAAAAUUCUCUGCUUUUGGUGUUACUCUUCUUCUUCAGUUAGGUAGUUGCUGCUGUAUCUUGUGCGGUGACUAGGUGGGUUCUUCUUGUAUAUCGAGUUAAGCAAUUCAUUUAUCUUCUUUAGAAGACAUGGGAAAAGCUUCUCGGGAUAAAAGGGAUAUCUACUAUCGUAAAGCUAAAGAAGAAGGAUGGCGAGCGAGAAGUGCUUUUAAGCUUCUUCAGAUUGAUGAAGAAUUCAACAUUUUUGAAGGAGUGAAGAGGGUUGUAGAUUUAUGUGCUGCACCUGGUAGCUGGAGUCAGGUCUUGAGUCGUCAAUUAUAUCUUCCUGCAAAGUCUUCAGCUGAGUCAAAAGAAGGAGAUCUUCCUCUUAUAGUGGCCAUAGAUUUGCAGCCUAUGGCUCCAAUUGAAGGUGUCAUCCAGGUUCAAGGGGACAUAACUAAUGCUCGGACUGCUGAAGUGGUCAUUAGACACUUUGAUGGCUGCAAAGCGGACCUGGUUGUCUGUGAUGGUGCUCCAGAUGUUACCGGUUUGCAUGACAUGGAUGAAUUUGUCCAGUCCCAACUAAUUCUAGCGGGCUUAACGAUUGUAACCCAUGUUCUUAAAGAAGGUGGAAAAUUUAUCGCAAAGAUAUUCCGCGGAAAAGAUACAAGUCUCUUGUACUGUCAACUGAAGUUGUUUUUCCCAACUGUAACUUUUGCGAAACCGAAAAGCAGUCGCAAUUCGAGUAUAGAGGCUUUUGCUGUUUGCGAAAAUUACACUCCACCAGAAGGAUUUAACCCGGGAGAUCUGCACCGUCUCUUGGAGAAAGUCGGAAGCCCUUCAGGUGGAAGCGAUCUCGAUUGCAGCAGUGGUUGGCUUGAAGGACCCAACAAAGUUUAUAUACCAUUCUUGGCAUGUGGUGACUUAACCGGUUACGACUCAGACCGGUCUUACCCACUCCCUAAAGAAGCAGAUGGAUCUUCAUACCAGAGUUUGGACCCGAUUCAACCUCCGAUCGCACCACCUUAUAAACGAGCUCUUGAGCUCAAGAAAGCUUCAGCACAAAGCUUCAACUCUUGAGGUUUGAUUCAAACUAAAGAAAAAACUAAACAGACUUUUCAUUGGAUUCUUUAAAAGCCUGUAGAGUUUAGGGACCUACAAUUCCUAUAACGCUUAAAUGAUUGUUAAGAUGAGCUUUUAUGUUUUAAAAUAUACAAGUAUCAGAAUUUCAAGUUAAAUAUUGUUUACUUUUAA